CGCGGCCCGCCCUCGGCCGCCCGCGGCCCCUCCUUCGCCCUCCGCGCAGCCUUUCAUUGCUGCGAGUAGUGACUAAACAUUACAAGAAGGCCGGCCGCGCAGUUCCAGGAAUCGGGGGGCGGGGCGCAGCGUCCGCGUAUAUACCCGCGAGCGCGGCCUCGGCGGCGGCUCCGACUCACACUCCCGCGCCGCCGCCGCCGCCGCCGCCGCUCCGGCCCAGCUCCCGCCGCGGCCCCUCGCCUCGUCCCCGCCGGCCGGCCCGGGGGCGCGCAGGGGGCAGGGCGGGCGCCCCAGCGAAGCCCGAGGGACUCGCGCGCGAGGCCCCUUUGUGGACUUCACCGCCGCCAACAUCUGGGCGCAGCGCGGGCCGCCGCUGCUCGCCGCGCUGCCGCCUCGCCUUGGGGACCGUAGGAGGCGCAGCCCCAAGGCCGGAGACUUCGUUUCGGGACCAGCCCCCCGGGAUGCGGUAGCGGCCGCUGUGCGGAGGCCGCCGAGCAGCUGCAGCCGCCACCGCGCAGAUCCACGCUGGCUCCGUGCGCCAUGGUCACCCACAGCAAGUUUCCCGCCGCCGGGAUGAGCCGCCCCCUGGACACCAGCCUGCGCCUCAAGACCUUCAGUUCCAAGAGCGAGUACCAGCUGGUGGUGAACGCGGUGCGCAAGCUGCAGGAGAGCGGCUUCUACUGGAGCGCCGUGACCGGCGGCGAGGCGAACCUGCUGCUCAGCGCCGAGCCCGCCGGCACCUUCCUCAUCCGCGACAGCUCGGACCAGCGCCACUUCUUCACGCUCAGCGUCAAGACCCAGUCGGGGACCAAGAACCUGCGCAUCCAGUGCGAGGGGGGCAGCUUCUCGCUGCAGAGCGACCCCCGGAGCACGCAGCCGGUGCCCCGCUUCGACUGCGUGCUCAAGCUGGUGCACCACUACAUGCCGCCCCCCGGCGCCCCCUCCUUCCCCCCGCCACCCACCGAGCCCUCCUCCGAGGUGCCCGAGCAGCCGCCGGCCCAGCCGCUCGCGGGGAACCCCCCCAGGAGAGCCUAUUACAUCUACUCCGGGGGCGAGAAGAUCCCCCUGGUGUUGAGCCGGCCCCUCUCCUCCAACGUGGCCACUCUCCAGCAUCUCUGCCGGAAGACCGUCAAUGGGCACCUGGACUCCUACGAGAAAGUCACCCAGCUGCCCGGGCCCAUUCGGGAAUUCCUGGACCAGUAUGAUGCCCCGCUUUAAAGAGCAAAGGGCAGGGGUCGGGCGAGGAGCCCGGGCGCCCUCUCCUCCGUGGCACAAGCACAAGAAUGCUGCCGUGAGAGUCCUGCAGCUCCGGGGGGAGCCGGGGGAGCGGGGACAGGCCCCUCCCUUCGGCCCCCCCUCCCCCCCCUGCAGAACGGGGACCUGGAAUGUGUCUGCGGGAAGGGGGAGCGCCGCCUGAGCGCCCCGCCCCCACUCCAGCGUCUCCCGUGGAGCCCGAUGGCCCGGUAGGGACAGCGACGACAGGCAGCAGUGGAUUCUCCUCUCCUCUUCGCUUCCUCGACUCCCCCUGCAUUUCCAAACAGGGGACACCGCAGGAGCGUUGAACUCGUGAGAACUGCCCGGGAGUCUUCAAACUUUCCAUCGGAACUUGUUUGCUCUUUGAUUUGGUUUAAAACAUAGCUUUAAACCUGAGCAGGUCUCCGGCCUGGAAGAGGGUGGAGAAGAGGGCGCCCCCAGGGGCCUCAGGGCUGCAGGCUGGCCUCGGAAGUGGCCACUCCCACUGUCCGCCCCAGGUGAGGAGGGCGGCUGCAUGCUCCUCCCCCUCUCCUCCCCCCGGUCCGCGGGGGCAGGGGUUAAGGUCAAGGGGUGACCUGAAGGGGGCUACUCUGUCUCCCUCUCUGGAACAGCCACCAGGAACGCAGGUCCCAGAGUCCAUCGGGUGGCCAAGGGCCCAGGGCCCUUCCCUCGUUUUAAGGGGGAAGUGGCCUUCGGAGGGGGGGAGGCAUGGGCUGGGCAGGUCUUUCCAGCACCCGUGCUGUACCUGGGAGCUGUUGGGAGGAUGGAGGACAUAGCCAUCUUUGACCCCGGAUCUCCCACCAAGGAGAUGAGGGAUUCUACUUUGUGCCUCCUGAUUGUCUGGCUAGGAGAUUUGCCUUAAAUGCUCCCUGUCCCAUGGAUAGGGACCGGCACAAAGUAAGCCACACACUCAGCCUAUCCAGGCAGAGGCCAAGGGAUUCUCCGCGGGCAAGCUGCUGGCCACUCAGCCUGGGGGGAGCGGCUGGCGGAGAUGGGGGUGGGGGUGGAGAUCCACGCCGCCCAGCCUUCCAGCGGAGCCCUGGAAGAAGGCGAGCCCGUUUGGUAUUGGCCAGUCACAGGUGCCUCAGGGUGCCUGGAGCCUCCAAGUCCCACAGCCUCCCCAUCCCCCACCAGGCCCUGCACAGCCCUCACCUGGGGGUGGGGGCGAGGGCACAGGCAGGAAGUCAUUGAGAGACUGGGGCCCCUCUGUCACCCCAGCUGCUCCCGCUCUGUAAUAGCACUGAUCAGUGAAAACUUACAGGAAUGUAGCAGCGGUGGAAUGAUCUGGAACUGUUCUUUUUCGGGGAAAACUGAACAAACACAAAAGUUUUCUGUGUCAGGUAUUGGGCUGGAUGCGGCAGCCGUGCGUUGGGGUGUUUUUUUUUUUCCUGUUAUUUUGUUUAUGUUUUUUAAUAAUGUUUACAAUCUGCCUCAAUCACUCUGUCUUUUAUAAAGAUUCCACCUCCAGUCCUCUCCCCUCCCCCACUCAGGCCUUCGAGGCUGUUAGGAGAUGCUUGAAGAACUCAACAAAAUACCAAUCCAAGUCAAACUUUGCACAUAUUUAUAUUUAUAUUCAAAAAAGAAACAUUUCAGUAAUUUAUAAUAAAGAGCACUAUUUUUUAAUGAAAA